CUGCAUAAUUAUGGACCACUUUCUGCGUAAUUAUGGAUAAGCUUCGAAGACUUUUCUCAACAUCGAAGUCUUUUACCAAGACGACCCUGUGUCAACCAUGGCGGUCAAGAAACACAGAACAGAAACCAAAUUAAAUACUACACAGAUCAUCUUCUUCUUCCCCAAACGUAAUCUCCUCCUCUGCUCUAAAAUCUCACCUCCGUAACCAUUUCAUAAAACUCCAGCCAUGAAAAACAAACAACCAUCACCACUCCCCACUGCUCUAUUUCAUAUCUUCUUCUUCUUGUCCGCCAUGGAAACCAAGGGAAGGCCACUUAAUCAACAGAUCUGUUCAUCUUCUUGCGGAGAAAUCACAAACAUCACUUACCCAUUUCGCCUCACCACCGACCCAGUAGGCUGCGGCGAUGUCGACUAUGAAAUCUCUUGCAAAAGAAACAGAGCCCUCCUCGAAUUCAACUCAGGAAACUAUUACGUGAAGAAAAUCUCUUACGACCAGCGUAUUGUCCGCCUUCUGGAUGUUAAUUUGUCUGACAGAAGAUGCAGCCUCCCGAGCAAGUCUCUCUCGAUCGAUGAACUUUUCUUCGAUAGUCGAUACAGAGGGAUGCUGCUCAACACGGACGUAAGCUUUCUCAGGUGCUCGAAGAAAAUCAGCGACCCGGAUUACAGGGAAGUUCCAUGUCUGGCUGGAAACUCGUCAAGUUUUUUCUACGCUCAUUACUGGAAUUUUCGCAUCGUGACUCUCGGCGAUCCUGUUCCUGAGUUCUGCUCAGUGAUUUCAAAGGCUCCGGUGGUUUAUGAGGAUGUGAAGAAUCCUUCUUACGAGACUAUCCAGAGGAUGCUGGCUUCUGGGUUCGACCUUUUAUGGUCUGUGGAGUGCAGGGAUUGCGCUGAAAUUGGCCGUGGUUGUGUCUUGGACUCCAUUGACACUGAUAAAACACUUUCUAUCUUCAAAUGCGAGAGUUCCGGUGAAGAAAACUACCUUCUCCACUUGGUUUUGGCUCUCUUGACAAGUAUCAUAUACUUAAUUUUCGGGUUAAUGCUCAUUGGAAGAUAUAUAAUUGCUCCCCUAGUUGUGUUUGUCUUCCUUAUCCACCAAUACAGAACACUAAGAAAGGGAAAGUAUGUUAACUUGGGGAAACCUAAUGAGAAAAAUCAGCUUAGAAGAUACUCAUAUGAAGAUAUACUUGCCAUGACUGACCACUUCAGAGAAAAGCUAGGCCAAGGCAUGUUUGGAUCUGUGUAUAAAGGACAACUUCCUGGUGGUGGCUCAGUUGCUGUUAAAAUUCUCGAUGAUCACAAUCUCUCUGCAGAAGAAUUCAUCAAUGGAAUUUCUUCUACAAUCUCCAAAAUUCACCAUCCCAACCUGGUACCAUUUGUGGGAUUCUGCAUUGAGGGGUCUAAUCGCGCCCUUGUCCAUGAGUACAUGACUAAUGGUUCCCUUGACGAGGUUAUAUUUCCCAAGAGAGGAAAAAUAAACUCAUUAACUUGGGAGAAACUCGAUGGAAUUGCGUUAGGAGUAGCUCGAGGAAUCGAAUACUUACACGUACAUUAUCAUAAUCAUUUAGAUAUCAAGCCAGAAAACAUCCUGCUUGACAAAAACUUUGUCCCCAGAAUCUCAGACAUCGGUUUAACGAAAUUCACAUCGAAGAACUACGGUUUUCUAUCAAGAGAAGCAAGAACAAAAUACAUGGCUCCAGAAGUUCUAUCGAGAAAUUUUAGCGGUGUUUCGGAAAAAUCAGAUGUUUAUAGCUUUGGGAUGUUGUUGUUGGACAUUGCUGCAGGAGGAAGAAGGAAUGUGAGAGAGAUGACAAGGGAUUUAGAGUUGCCUUCAUGGGUCUACGAUGCGCUGAGUGAAGGAAGAGAUUCAGAGGUUGAGAAUGUAAGUGAUUUUGUGGAAGAGAUAGUCAGAAAAUUGUGUAUAGUGGGGUUCUGGUGUAUACAAAUUAAGGUAUCAGAUAGACCUUCCAUAGCCGAAGUUGUGGAAAUGUUAGAGGGAAAGUUUGAGCAUCUUCCAAUCCCUCCAAAUCCUUUCUUGUCUUCUUCUCCAAGUCCUCCUGCCUGAGAAAGUAAACUCAAAUGAUAAUUGAUCGGUUGUCAAUGGCGGCUUGACUUUUCUAAAAUUCUGUGGAAAAAACACAUUAUAAUUCUUAGAACUUUUUUUUUAUAAUUUUCGCACUGUAGGGAAAUUUGUUUGGUUGACUUGUUGACUUAAUACUUACGUAGGGCUACUACAUGCAAACUGUAAAAAGGUAUCUUAUUUGUCAUAAGACAAUUAAUAAAAAAGCAAAUUUGUAAUUGAAAAAA